AUGAAUUUGGCGCUGAUUGACCCGUUUCAACUAGCACAAGACUCGCCGGACGCGCUUGUGAAUGAUCUCCGAUCUGGCCAUGCCACCACUCUGCGCUUCAGCCGCAAAGGCGACUAUCUUGCCGCAGGUAGAGUCGACGGCAAGGUUGUCAUCUGGGACAUGGAGACAUUCGGCGUGGCAAUGAAACUGCAUGGCCAUUGGAAACAGAUCCAGAGUCUAAGCUGGUCUCGAGACGGCCGGUACCUUCUUUCCGCAUCGCAAGACUGCCGCGCUUGUCUAUGGGACUUGCAAACCCAACAACGAAUCCGGACAGUGAAGUUCGAGGCGCCGAUCUACACGGCCGAGCUACACCCCUACAAUCGCAACCUAUUCGUAGCAUCGCUGUUCGAGGACCGGCCAUACCUAGUAGACAUUACGGCGCCCGAAGCGAUCAAGCGGAUCCUACCAACAACACCGCUGAGCGACAGCAUCCCGCGGUCUGAGAACAAACAAGCAACCACCUCAGCCAUAUUCUCUGUUCUGGGUAACCACAUCAUCACAGGCACGUCCAAAGGGUAUAUCAACAUUUUAGAAACCGAAUCGCGCAAGAUCAUCCACUCGACCAAGAUCUCGACGGGGUUGAUUUCACUGCUGCGCCUGACCUCGAACGGCCGCCAACUACUCGCCAACAGCACCGACCGCAUCAUCCGGAUCAUCAACCUGCCAGACCUGGCGCUGAUCGCACCCUCGACGGUAUUGACGUUCGAGCAGCCGUCAUCGUCCACCAACGCUGCCGCCGCCGCCGCCCCCUCUGGGGCUGAAGAAGACAAUCAGCUCGAUCCUGCGACACUGGCCGAGAACAUCGUGCUGACCACCGAACACAAGUUUCAGGAUCUAGUCAACCGAUUGCGCUGGAACCACUGCGCGUUCAGCCACUCGUCCACGACGGGGAUCGCCGACUACGUGACAGCCUCGACGUACAUGAAGAAAGACAUCUACAUCUGGGAGCUGCGGACCAACUCACUGCUGCGAAUUCUGGAGAAUCGUGAAGAACCCGCAAUCAUCGAAUGGCACCCGUCGCGGCCGUUGUUGGCCUGCACCAGCAUCGAGACCGGCAGCAUACAGAUCUGGGGCAUCGAGCCGCAGCAGAAGUGGUCCGCCCUGGCUCCUGACUUCACCGAACUGACCGAGAACGUCGAGUACAUCGAGCGCGAGGACGAGUUCGACACCUAUCCGCAGGAAGAGCACCAGAAGCGUCGGCUGGACCGCGAAGACGAGAUCGUCGACGUGCUGACCGUCGAGCGCAAAAUGGGCGAUGAGGACGGUUUCGUCUUGCCCAUGCUGUAUGACAUCGAGGACAGCGAGGGUGAAGAGCAGGAGCUGGUGAGGAUGGGCGUGGGGACGAUGAGGAAGAGAGACAUCAAUGAGGGCAAGGAGUACGAGAACGACGCUGAUGAGGUGGCCAAGGCGGGACGGAGACGGAAGUAG